GACAAAUAUCACACCGGUAUCCCCCACUUUAUCUUCAGCUGGCUCGCCUGCCUUUCCUUGCGCUUAGUUUCUUGGUUCUCCUUCCAUCAAUAAAUUUUCUUUUACACUUUUUUCUCAUACCCACUCUAUUCAUUCCAUCUCAAAUAGCCAAUGCGCGACAUCAACCAACCCCUACUAUUCGAGACAGCCUGGGAGGUGGCCAACAAGGUCGGCGGCAUCUACACAGUAAUCAAGACCAAAGUGCCUGUGACCGUGCAAGAGUACGGCGACCGCUACCAUCUAACCGGCCCAUGGAACCGAUUCUCAGCGCCCGUCGAGGUCGAGGAGAUUGAGCCCGAGAACCCAGCCAUCCGGGCAGCCAUCGAAUCAAUCACGUCGCAGAACAUCAAGGUGCUCUACGGGCGCUGGCUGAUCGACGGUGCCCCGCGCGUGAUUCUGUUUGACAUCGGGUCUGCCGCCCACAAACUUGAUGAGUGGAAGGGCGAUCUUUGGAACUUGGCAGGCAUUCCGUCACCGCCGAACGAUAUUGAAACCAACGAUGCCAUUAUCUUGGGUUAUCUGAACGCAUGGCUGCUUGAUGAGGUCUCCAAAAAUGACACCAAACACGCAAUCAUCGCCCAGUUUCACGAGUGGCAGGCCGGAGUCGGUGCGGUGCUGUGCAACAAGCGCAAAAUCGACGUGGCCACCAUCUUCACCACGCAUGCAACGCUGCUCGGCCGGUAUCUGUGCGCGGGCAACGUCGACUUCUACAACAAUCUCAAGAACUUCAACGUCGACGAGGAGGCUGGAAAGCGCGGCAUAUACCACCGCUACUGCAUCGAGCGCGCCGCCACUCACUGUGUCGAUGUAUUUACUACAGUGUCCAACAUCACGGCCUACGAGGCCGAAUACCUGCUGCGCCGAAAGCCCGACGGCGUGCUGCCCAACGGCCUCAACGUUGUUAAGUUCUCAGCCAUGCACGAGUUCCAGAACCUGCACCAGGUGGCCAAGGACCGGAUCAACCACUUUGUGCGCGGCCACUUCUACGGCCACUAUGACUUUGAUCUUGAGAACACCCUGUACUUCUUUACGGCUGGUAGGUACGAGUUCCGCAACAAGGGCAUAGACAUGUACAUUGAGUCGCUGGCGCGCCUUAAUGCGCGCCUCAAGGCUUGCAACUCGCCGAUCACGGUUGUCGCCUUCAUUAUUACGCCGGCCAAGGUCAACUCGUUUACUGUCGAGACGCUCAAGGGUCAGGCGCUGAUCAAGCAGCUGGAGGAUACUGUCGAGGAGGUGUCGGCGCGCAUCGGCAAGCGCAUCUUUGAGAUGGCAGCGCGCGGCAAGGAGCCCAAGGUCGAGGACCUGCUGACCGAGCAGGACCGCGUACUGCUCAAGCGCCGCGUCUUCUCGCUGAAGAGAGACACACUGCCACCCAUCGUCACGCAUAACAUGGUUAACGACAGCGAGGACCCUGUCCUCCAGCAGCUGCGCUCCGUGCGCCUGUUCAACAGCUCCGAGGACCGCAUCAAAGUUGUCUUCCAUCCCGAGUUCCUCAACGCCAACAACCCGGUCAUCGGACUCGACUACGAGGAAUUCAUCCGCGGCACGCACCUGGGCGUCUUCCCGUCGUACUACGAACCGUGGGGGUACACGCCGGCCGAGUGCACGGUGAUGGGCGUGCCGUCGAUUACGACCAACCUGUCGGGCUUCGGCUGCUUCAUGGAGGACAACAUUGUCAGCCCACAGGACUAUGGCAUCUACAUUGUUGACCGUCGCCUCAAGUCGGCCGAUGAGUCAAUAGACCAGCUAACCGGGUACAUGUUUGAUUUCUGCCAAAAGACGCGCCGCCAGCGCAUCAACCAGCGCAACCGCACCGAGCGCCUGGCUGACAUUCUCGAUUGGAAGCGCAUGGGCAUUGAGUAUAUGAAAGCGCGCCAGUGUGCCCUGCGCCGCUGCUACCCCGACUCGUUUGACGACUCGGCCGCCUACUCGCCAUACGACCGCGACAAUGAAGAGGACGACUAUGACGGCCGCCACCCGCACAAGCUGUCGCGCCCGCAGUCCAUCCCUGGCACGCCGUUGAUGGGCGCCGACCUGUCAACAUACGAUCUGGCAGCGCUCAGCAUCAGCGCCGAGUUGCCCGGACUCAAGGACCACGACGAGGACCAUGAUCUGAGGCCGCCAAUCCAGCUCAAGAUGAAGACGCCGCUGAUGACACCGACCAUCCAAACGCCAUGAACAACCCAUGUGGGGAGGUCUUUUUUCAUAUACCUUUUUUUCGUAUCUCAUACAUUAUAAGAAAAUAAUGAGGCUGCAAAUAUGCUUCAAACUGACAUCCUUCCCCCAGAUAAAGUGUUUAGAAACUAGUGGCAAUAGCCCACUAUGGUUGACGAUACUAAUCAGUUCGCUGCUUCUUUUGAA